AUGGCCUCUUUGACAAGCCAGGAGGACGAGGGGUUGCCUCCAUUACUCCCCGACCCUGAUGUCCCUGCCACGGACACUCUCCGAUCAGUUUCCCGCUCACCCCAUCCAUAUCGUCGCAACGGCUCUAUCCAGCAACGCACACGAACAUCCAGUGACAGCGGAACUGAGGCGGACGAUGAAAGCACAAGCUUAUUAAAGGGUCUUCCUGCGCCCCCGCUUCGUUCACGAAAAGGAGCACGUCCGAGUUGGAAUGGCGUCGCUGACCAUGACCUUUGGCUUCCUGGGCUCCAACGGUGGCCGUCGCUGGCCCGCUCAACCUCGCGGAGCUCGCGCCGGAGCUCCAUCGGUGACAACGAAAUAGACUUUUGGGAGCUGCAGAAUCAGAUCAAGUCAAAAAGACGCAUUGAGAUUAUACGAAGAGCUUUUGAGACUGGGCUGUUACUCUCGGUUGGUGGCGUUGUCUUGGGGCAGCAGAGUGUGAGAUCACUCGCGUGGGUGUGGAAAAAAGAACUCAUCGCCUAUUUCCUUACUGUUCUCGGUCUUUACGCAUUAUACCCAUUGAACCGCAACGGCCGCCUACGACUUUCUAGAUUUUCAUCCUUUGCCAUUCCGACUACCUUCGACCCUGCUCCGCUUCUAUACCCAGUACUCAUUCCCGUUUACGUUGCUCUUUCAUUACCGAAUCAUCAGCCACCAUUAAUAUUGCCGAACAUAAUCCUUGCCCUUGCCUCAAUACCCCCACAGGUCAUUCCCAUGCACGAGUCGGUCCACGGACAAAGCGUGAUGCACUGGGUCGUCACUAUGAUACCUGUCAUCGUCUCGGAACAAUUAUCGUGGGGUGGAAUUCGCCCAAAACCUCUUUCUCUGCGCGGCCUUGAUCCGGAAAUUUUGUCUCUUGUUUUCCCUUUGCACCAAGCAUUGAUACCCACCCUAGAUUUCCUUCUGUCUACCAGUAUCCUUCCAGCGGAGUUACAGCUUCUGACGACUGCCCUUAUUAAUCUGUUUUUAUUCGCAUCCGCUCCCCAGGCGGAAAUUCUCAAAGCGCUGCUGUGGCUAGGCAGCCUCUGUAUUUUUAUCUCCUGCCGCCAAGUCCUUCACUGGGAGGUCGCUCUCGCCAGGAUCCCCACUUGGAAGUUUCGACGAUCACCUGGUGGUUCCAAUUCGCCGAAGAGCAUGCUGAAUUACUUGGACCAUAGGAUCUGCCAGAAACUGAGUCAAGCCGGCUCUUCUGACGAUCCUACCUCGGACAGCGAUUCCCCAGACGGUCAUUUGACAUCUACCUCGCGUCGCGCCCGGCAUGGGUCCCGGGAAAAGUCACCACCAGAGUCUCCGGCUGAUAAUGCCGGCGAAGAGGGCCCCAUACGACGACAGGCAUCCACGAACUUCGAUGAGGCCGAACGGUUAGAUAAGGUCAGGACAACUCCUAGAGGACGACGAAAACGGUCCAUGGCACCGGACCUGGCAACAUUUCUGUCCAUGACUGUCCCUCAAGUACAGGUGCGCAAAUGGCUGUAUGCGCUCUACACUUAUCUGGCCGUUCUCGCGGUUAUCAUGGGCCCUGUACGGAAAUAUGUCGGUGAACGUGCUUUGCAAGGCGAAGAGCCCUUCGGCUGGGCGCUGGGAUACUUGUUAGGAAACAUCUCCUGGUUCAGGUUCUGGGUCAUUACUUCGAGCCUGGAGCACUGGAUACCAAUUCCACCUCGCUUGGAUAGCAGCUUGACUGACGCAUUUUGCCACCUCGGCCGAGCAGAGCAUCUCCGUCAAGGUGUCUUUGGGGAGGCCAACACGCGCCUUUUCCUCAUUGCAUACUGCCUGGUUGUCCUUGUAACCGGUGUUGCAAUUGUCGUUCGGCUGGGCACGUUUGUAGAGGUGGACACAAGACGCAAGGUCUUUCACGGCACGAUGGUGAUGAUGUUCCUGCCGACGAUAUACAUUGAUCCUGGCUUUUGUGCCCUUGCCAUGGGAUUGGUUUUGGCGAUCUUCCUGCUCCUGGAUUUGUUCCGUGCUUCGCAACUUCCGCCCAUUGCUCGACCCCUGACAUAUUUCCUGGAGCCGUACGUUGAUGGCCGCGAUUACCGAGGCCCAGUCAUUGUUUCCCAUAUAUUCCUCCUUGUUGGGAGUUCUAUCCCUCUCUGGCUCGCACUGGCCGAUGCCCCUCGAACUGGAGACCUCCCUUGGAAGGCAUGGGACGUUCAGAGUCGAGAUGUCAGUAUGGUGAGCGGGAUUAUCUGCGUUGGAUUGGGAGACGCAGCGGCAUCUCUCAUCGGGCGCCGAUUCGGUCGGCGGAAAUGGUUUUGGGGCGGCGGUAAAUCUAUUGAGGGAAGCAUAGCCUUUGCUGUCGCGGUGACUGUCGGGUCUUUGUUCGCUCAAGCUUGGCUGGCUCUUGGGCAAUGGACACAAAGUGGAUUGGCCGGACCAAAACAAUUCUCCUGGCUCAUAGCGACAACAAAGGCCAUUCUAGCGGCUGGCGGAGCCAGCGCAACCGAAGCAGUUCUGACAGGAUGCAAUGAUAAUGUGGUUGUCCCAGUGGUGCUGUGGCUCCUUGUGCGGGGGUUGGGACUCUGA